CUUUGUCCUUCGCAACCAGUUCGUUUACGGAAAAAAAUGGCGGCCGCAGUGCGAUCUGCCGGAGCAAGUCUCCCGGCAUCGUACUACGGCACCAUAGAUGGGAACAACCCCGUCAUACAGAAGUUCGAACAAGAAGUGGAGUCUUUUGUGGGUUAUGUGAAGAAAUGUAGCGCCCCAGGAUACAAGAAAGCACAGAAUGAGGCGUGCUCAAGAGGUUCCAACAUAUUAUUUGAUCUUUGGAACAAGUUUGAGCCCAGGCUGCCCAAAAACUACUACUAUGCUAAGAUGCUGGAGAUGGGAGACUUUCUGGUGCAAGUAAAGAAGUACCAUCUGGCCCUGUGGCAGUGCUAUGGGCGAUACUUACAACGUUUUGGAUCCAGAGCAAUUGAAGAGAUCACAGACGUUAACACAUUCAAGGAGGUGUAUUUUUCUGAUGGGCUUGAGACAGACACAGCAAGUUUCACUUUCCAGGCACUACAAGGCCGCAGCAUCUGCAGCUACCAGGUUGUAGUUGACGCAGAUCCAAAGUUACAGAACACAGAGUCAGUGGACAGGUGUGGGCAGAUCCUGGCAUUUCUGCGCCUCAUCAUACAGGUGGUGCUACCCAGGGAACCACUCUGCUGGCUGGUCUACAAUGGCACCGUCCAUAUCUAUAGCAUCUCAAGGCACCUCAUGUCUCUUGGACACUCAGCUAAGGUGCUGGAGUAUCUCCUAUGGGCCAGCAUCAGUAUGGAAUCAUCCAUCCCCCUCCUGGGGACAUCCUACCUGACUUGGAGAACCACUCUGUACAGUGCUGUGUGCCAGUGCUAUUAUGACUGCAAAGCUUCAUAUCAUGCUGAGACAUUUGCCCGUCGUGGCCUGGUGAAGAUCAGUGAGUUGAGCCAGCUGGAGAGCAUGAGCUCUGCCCCCCAGUCUGCUGCCACAGAGGCAGCUUUCAGACAGGCCACUGUGAAGAUGGCAACAAUGAUCUUCAAGCGGGUGGUAUUUGAGAGCAGAAGAAAGCCCAAAGGGUUGCUAAGACCAAAACAAAGGAGCAAUCUUAAAGAUGUUCAAAAUAAAGGAAUAGACCAUCUGUCCUGGCCCAGGACUGCCACAGAGAGACUUGUGGUGGACAUGUUUGAGGGUUCCUCGGCUCAGUUCCUGGCCAUCCUGGAGGCUCUGUCUGACAGCAACAGGAGAAUCCUGCAGGCUGGUCCAUCUGCUGCUGACAGUGAGGUGGAGAUAUUGGAUGUCUAUGCAGAACUGUUCUUUGCUGGGCAGGAGAUUAUAGCAGGUGGUGGAGGGUCCAGUCACCACAGCCCACAUGGAAGUGCAGAGCACCAGGUUCUUGGUGGUCUGGUGCAGGAGAGACCCUUGAUUUCCUAUGCCACUUUAGGUUCAGAUGGUGUUCCCCUGAGUGCUGUGGUGAAGUUUGUGAAGCUGGCAUACAGCUAUGAGCACUGGGAAACAUUUGAUGCACUGGUGGACAUCACACUCGACCAUCUACGAAAGCAGAACCUCCCACAUUACAAAGGUGAUGAGCAGGCCCUGGAGCUGCUGCUGGCCAUGGAGCCCUUCAGCAGUAACAGGAAACACAGGAGGCAGGCUUCACACGUAGAUGAUGACAGCGAUAUGGACGGUGGGCUGCCACUAACACAAGGCUCCAUCAGGUCCCUUGCAUCCAGUGAUGAGAUAGUGUACUUGGCAGAAGUGCUGUACUCUUACACUGUGACACCUUUCAAUUCGAGGCAGGUAGACAAGAACAUGGUGGUGGAUGCAGUUUCCUUCUUGUGGACUCGCUGUAGAAACAUCUUCCAGAAGGUGCAGACUGGCUCAGUGGACUCCAAGUUCCUCCUCAAGAUUGAUAAUCCUGAAAAGUGGGUCCAUGUGCUGUCUAUCAUCCAUGAGAUGUUGAACUGGUGUGGUCUGGGUGUGGCAGACCCGUCCCUGACAGCAGAGGUGGCUCUCAGACUGGCACUGCUGCUAGAGACAGCAACUGUCACCGACUGGAGCACUCACAGGAAGGCAGCAGUGAGAGAGAAGGCUGCUUCCCAUACUGCUAAGCAAAAGGAUUUACCCCAAGAUGACAAUGAAGAAAGGAUCAUUUUGGUGACAUCUCAGACCCACAAGACAGACUCUCUGGGCAUUGCUGAGGACACCUCCAAGGUCUCAGCCAGUCCAGGCCGACCUGACACAGAAGCCUUCACCCAGAGCAGGGCCAGCCUGUACACCACCUCCAUCCUGCACCAGCACCCCCGCCAGCAGCUGCUCAUGGCCCAGGACGUGCUGGACAGGGCCAUCCAGGGGGUGUCACAUGCCAGGACGGUCAUGGCACUGCCUGAUGGACAGUCUAUUGCUGACAUCAGCUGGGAACAGAAAUUAUCAGGAGUCCAUGGGCUCCCUGAUGCUGGAGAUGACAGUGUGGAUGAGACAGCUGAGGAGGAGAAGGACAAAGGUCUCCCCAAGGCCAUCGCUCUAAAGAACCAAGUCAUGGACCUACACCUGGAACUGGUCUUUGUGGCACACAGGGUGGGGCUGAAGCUAGCUGCUCUGGGCCCAGACCCAGCUACACUGAUACCGCCCAAGUUCCAGCGGCCAUGCACAGGCCAAGAUGUCUCCCAGGUCAGGAGUUCAUAUGCACCGGUACCCAAGGAUCUUGAGCAAGACCUUCUUAAGGCCUGUAACAAGAGCCUGUUGUCUAAGGCCUUGUUGUAUGUGCAGAAGGCUCUGUUCCUUCGCAACAGGGGAGGGUCCAAAACGGAGCAGUACCAGCUCUUAGAGGAUGCUCAGGCUGCCAUCAUAAAAUGUCAACAAGAAGAGUGUAGGCUCUAUACCCAGAAUGCCCUUGGUCAGAGCAGUGCUAGUACUAAAAAAGAGAGCACCAUCCCUCCCCCUCCCAUUCUGCUGUCCAGGACUGACACCACCAUGGUCUUCAAACCAGCUGAGUUCCACUCUACAAAACCGGUUGCCUGGUACAGGCUGUUUGGCUGCAGGUCUAGUGGCAGUAAUGUCAGGGUCAGGCUGAAUGACUACUUCCUGGUGGGAUCUGGAGAAGAGGUGCCAGCUCAGAAUGGUGACUGUAUCCUGACAGUCUCAGGCCUGGAGCCCAAUGAGAGGUACAUGUUUGCUGUGGCUGCCUACUCCAAGGAUGGCAAGCUGAUCGGUGGAUCCAUCGGGGAACAGACCAAACCCAUCCUGGCCUCUCAUCCUCUGCCCAUCCUCAUGGCCUGGGCUCUGCUGGGACAGGUGUCCUAUCAAGUUGAAUGUUAUCCCAUUGCUAAGAAGGCCUGCAAUGUUCUGUGGGAUCACUUUGUGGCACCUGCACCUUCUCCUGAGACAAGCAAAUGGGAGAUGGUAGCCAGGAAAGACUUUAAGCUGACUUUAAAGAGGCUCCACCCUGGAGUAGUGAGAGUGGCUUCCCCUGUGCUGCUGAGACACUUCCUGACCAGCAUCUUCAUCCAUGUGGAUAUCAACUCUCGACAAGGGACACUGUUCUGUGACACACUGUGUGACAAAGGGCCACUUACCCGUGGACAGCGCUGCAGGCUGUAUGAGUGUGAGAGACUGCUGGUGGGCCUGGAGCUGGCAGGCUAUCUGAACGAGGCAGGUCUGGCUCUCCAGGCCGUGGUGCAGUGUUACGGGCUCCUCACCCCUCUGCUGUUCAACAAGAUACCUUCACAGCCAGUAGUACAGGUCCUAAUGAGAUGCCAUGCUGUGCUGCAAGAGAUCCCAGCAGGUCUGAGACAGAGGAGACAUGCUACCAUCUCUGACAGCCUGCACCACAUGACUGCCUGUAUAACCUUCUACAUGGGGAAGGUGCUGCGGAUCUGGGAGGAGAGAAAGCUGGCCAGUAACCUGACUGAUGCAGGCAAGAAGAUCCUUGCUGCUGAUGCUCUAGCAGAGAAGGACGGGCCAGCAGGCAAAGCUGAGCUGUCUGCCCUGGAGCUGCAGCCUGAGAUAGUCAGCACAGCAAACACAGUGCCAGAGUCCAGGAAAAGGCCUCCUGGGAAGAAGAGGGGUGCAGGGGAAGGCAAGGACCAGUCAGGAAUCCAGAAUGAGGAGCUCAAAGCCCUGGAAGCCCACAUGCUCAGGCUAGCACGACAAGCCCAGAGCGAUGAGCUAACAGGUCAAGAGGACCCCAAUGUGCUGCAUGCCUACAUUGCUGCCUUACCUUCAAAACAGGCCUACAAGGAAGUCAUCAAGUUCAAGAAGAGGGCCCGUUUUCUGGAGUUCUUUGUCCAGGUGUCCCAGAAGGCUGUGAUGGAGGGGCACCUACAGAAUGUGCUGGACUGGUGUCAGGAUUCACUGCUGUGGCUCAAGAAACGUAAUGAAGGAAUGGUUGCUGUGCGUGGCCUGGCUCGGCAGGUUGGUGCUGUCACUAUGGUCGGUGAUGAUCCUAAGAAGUAUGCAGCUGCCAUGGUGGAGUACACAAAGAACUUAAAGAUGUCCAAAGCUGAGCAAGUCAGACAGAAGAAGAAGGAAAAAAGACAAAAGAUGAAGCUGUUAGCAAGCCGCAGGAAAGGCCCAGUGGACCUCGCUAAGGAGCAACAGGAAGAAAUUGAGAACAAGGCUAUGGAGGUCCUGAAGCACAACUUCCCCGAGUUCUACAGGGUGAUGCUCCGACGGAGGCGUCUGCGUAAGACCUGUGCAGAUGAAAUACCGUGGAGGUGUCAGAUGAACAUCCUGCAGGGCCUGAGUCACUUUGGGCUGUUCCUGGAGAAGGUGGAGCUGAGGGACAAACUGAGAGGGACGGCCUCCCUCCAUAUUUACAGGCCCUCGUUCAUGGACCAGGAGUGGUUCACGUUUGAGACCAGUAACACCCUGGUGGUGGGGUGGGAUGGAGGACCAGACUGGCAGUCCACUAAAGAUGACCCACGGGAGAUGUCCAUCCCAGACUCUCUCGCACAGCUGGACGCAGACAGGCCAAAGACUGGCAUUGAGAUUGCGGCAGCUGCAGCUAUCGGUAAUCUUGUCCUUCCCACCACUAUCCAGCAGGAGGAGGAGGAGGGUGAGAGAACACCUCGAACCUACAGGUCAGAUGCUUCUCUGGACAGGGUAGACACCAAGAUGGUGCCUGACCACCACAGUGUCACUCAACAGGCCACCAUGGACGCACUCAGCAAGACCUUUGACUUCUUCAUGAAAUCAAUUGUUCUAGCAGAAAGGGGGCACCACUGGUCCCUGCUGCAGAAUGCCUGCAGGUCUCUUUGGAACUGUGCACACACUGCGCUCCUGCGGGCCUACAACCCCAGCCAGGCGGGGGGAGCCUCACAGGGGCUGCUCAGUAUAGAGGACUGGAGAGGGCUGGUGUGGCGGCCUUUCUUCCUGGCUUCUGAUGCUCUGCUAGACAUGCUGCUGGAGAUACAAGAACACCGAGUGGACACGGAAGAUGAGGAGACUCCAUCCAUCGUGAAGUCCUGGGUGGGUGACAUCAGCGUGGAGAAGGGCGGGGCCAGCCUGAAGUUUGAGACUCAUGUUGAUGACAUGAGUCUGGUGGACCUGCGCUGGACACGGCGCAUCAUCAUGAGGACCAUCGAGAUCCUCUUCUAUGAGGAGAAGUGGGAGAGACUGGCAGAUGUCGCCCUCCGCUUCAAUGCGCUGACUCAUGAAAGACACGCUGAACAGGUCAGUCCCAUGCUCAUCACUGCCCAGAGGAAACUGAUUGCCCGUGUGGAACAACAUGGCGGCCUGCCUCCCCCUCAACCUCACUACCAGAAUGCCAUGGUACAGGUGGGAGGGAAGAUUGGUUCCCAGCUGCACGCCACCCUCCUGCUGAAGACUGACCUGUCCAAUCUCACAGAGAUCGACCCCGGUGGUCACAUCGACCCUGAGGGGCACAAUGUGUAUGAGAGUGGUGACCAUGCCAGGAGGCUGGUGGCCGUGCCAUUGGACGUUGCCGACAGUCUGGAAACGUUCCGCCUGGUGCUGGACAAGUCCCAGUACACCGCUCGGGCACUGACCAACAGCCGCAAGUUACUGGUGCUCUACCUGGCAGGACAGCAAAAUGCUCCCCAGCUGAGAACUACCAGUAGUAAGAGUGGCAGCCGAUCCCCCUCCAGGGUGGGUUUCCGCCCCUCUGACAGCCGUCCUCAGCUGCCUGUGCCUCAGGACCUCAUGGAUGAGGAGUUCCAGACAACCAUGGAGGUACAAAGCCCAGUGCUGCCCAGGUCCCAGCUGGGGGUGGUCAUCUCUUCAUAUGACAAGACCAUAGAAAUGUUGCUUGCUCACAACCAGAAAGGCUUGAGUGCCCAGGCUAUGCAUGAGCUGGCCAAUCUGCAGUACCAUGCAGGAAAUGUCAGAGCUGCGUACAAGUGCUGGUCGGAGGCGCUGGACAUCGUGAUGGGUAUGACUGAUGCUCUCCACUCCUGGAGGAAACUGAUGGAGACAGGACAGAGCCUGGCAGGCAGUCUGCUGAAGAAGUGUGGCCUAUGGGGAUGUGUGCUGGGGGGUGUGCUGGCUGCAAAGAUCGCACAAUACAUCCUAUCUUCUGAUCUGGGACUUCGUAUGGAAUGCUGCUUCCUCUCUGCUGCAUUUUUCAAGGCCCUGUUCCGCUCCACCCUGCCCCACCCCACGGCAGACCGUGACUACGCCCUGUAUGAGAUAGGUGAGGGGUGUGAGGUACAGAGCCUGGUACCGGGGGUGGACCUGCUGUCAGACAGGUUCAGGUGUGACGGCAGGACCAUGGUCGCUUCUCUCCGCUUUGUCAUUGAGGAGCUCAACAGGGGCCGGCAUAACCUGUUUGUGUUACCCCUGCUUACCCUUUACCAGUACUUUGUGACUUAUGUGUCUCGGGACUUAGCAAGGGCUGUCGAUGGCAGGAUCUUGAAGCUGCGGGUCCUGACGGACCUAGGCCUGUACAGUGAGGCUGUUGUUGUUCUGGCAAGACUUCUCCAUGGGGACAGGUUACCCCAUACCAGCAACAGUGGCUUCAGGCAGGUGGAGUCCAAGAUGAAAGCUCGGAAUAACUUUGAUACAUCCAAGCCUUUAUCAGAGCCUUGUAAUCUUAAAACCCUGGAUUACCUGUGUGAGCGGCGCCUGACCACAUCAUUGGCUAACCUGUAUGGACCUCACCUGACAUGCCACCUGACCCUGGCACAGGCACAUCUCAUCAUUGCACUGGCUGACACCAUCCACGCACUGCCUGCCAAGGAGGAACCCAUCUUGCCAAAGAUUGGAGAGGAUCCUUUCGGUCAGGCCGCACUGGGGCGCAGGAAGUCUAUCAUGGUGGGCGGGACGGAGAAGUCCAUUGGUGGGACAACCAGACAGCCACCACCCACUUCUAAACGCGCUGCUCCCAAGACUGCAGAUGAACUACUAGAGUCUCAGAGUUUGGAUAGUUCUUCUUCUGAUGAAGAGGAGAGUCACAGGUUCAGUGACAACCAGGGAAACAUCACCCCAUCUUCCAUCAAGGGCAUGCUGUUGGCCACAGCUGACCAGAUGCUGCAGACUAUCUGUGACAGUAUCCUGGAGAAUGUAGAUCCUGAACAAGGCUCCAGCAGCUUAGUGGCAUCUGAGUUGGAAGUGGUCGUAUGGAGUAAACUGGAUGUAGCCGCCAUCCAGAGACAAAGACAACACUCCACCCUGAGUGCAGCUACAGUACUUACAGCACUCAAGCUCAUCCAAGAUGCUGACAUAUUUGUAACUUCUGACAAUAAGAAGGAAAAGAGGAAGACUUCUGCCCUGAGGAGGCCAGAAAGUCGGGCACAGGAGGAAGGUGAACCUUCUGUGACGCUGACAAAGCCAGAGGACAACCGGUUUGAGUACCAGGACAACCAGAGCAGGACCCGACUGGACGCUCGGCUGUGGCUGGACUGCAGGCUAGCACUGGUCAAAGGGCUGUCAGGUCAGCUGACCGGCAUGGGUAUAAUUGGUGAAGGUGAGAAGAAGCAGAUGGAUGCAGGCAGUGCGCGGCACUACUGUGCAGAGGGUCUGGCGGAAGCAGAGGCCUGUGGGGAUGUGGACAUGCAGGCAGAGUUCCUCCUGCAGUGUGUGCUGUUAGACGUACAGGAGGGACAUCCACUGGAGGAUAUCAGACAAACUUUGCAGGAUAUCAUCAACAUGCUGCAUGGGCAGGCCACCAUGUCACCCCCUGCCUCACUGCUGAUGGUACAGUCCAUGGUCCAGCUGGCAGACUUGCAGGCGGGCAAGUUGUCGACUGCAGAACGGCUGCAGAUGUACACACAGGCACAGAACAUCUUACUGGACCAGAUGAUGUUAAUAGGUGACCGGAUACAGUAUCAUGCGAGUAACCCUGCCUUUGCUGUGCCCAUUGGUCCUCUGAAGAACAUCUACAUCCCACAUGUUCUCCUGUUGGUCAGAAUCAAACUGCGUAUUGCUCAUGUGCUGAUCCGGCAGGCUGCAGAGGCUGGGCCUCUGGCAGGUUCUGACGUGUGGCUCCCCCCUGCCACUGUUCUCACCACCACCCUGGGGCUGUGUCGGGCAGCAGCAGACAGGCAGCCUCAUCUGGAGGCAGAGAUACUGCUUCAACACGGCAUGGUGCAGCGUCAGUUGAGCCUGACUGGGAAGUACCCACCCCGGAGCGUGGCUGCCACCCUCCUGGAGGCCAUCACCACCAGCCAUGCAAGCAACCAUGAUCUGGGACUGAUGAGGCAAGCAUACCUGGAGAUAGCCCUGACCUUCCUGCUGACCACUGGUGCCCUCAGCAGGGUGACCGCUGCACAGAGCACAGACCUGACCCCAACGCCCUCACAGUCACAGGAGCCUGUCUCUCCCACCAAGUCUGUACCUGAUGCAGACGUCCCAGAGAGCCCCAGUCCCAGACUCAAGGCCAAGCGGGCAGCUGCCCUGAAGGCCAAAACUAGGGAAAGGGCUCGAGUCGUAGGAAAGAUUGGAGCAGCCACAAGGAACAAGGAAGAGCGUGAACAGGACAGAGAGAAGAGAGCUGCGUGGCUGGCCAUCAGGUGUGCUGCUGCCAUCGCUGAUGUACAGAGGGCCAGCAUGACUCUGGCAGGAAACCCACAGGUUACAACACUGGCAGUGAAGCAGAAGGCUUGGGCAGAGAUGCCUGAAUAUGCCCUUCUGGACAUGGUCAGCUCACAUCUGUCUGUUGGCAAGAUGCUCAUGGGUUCCAACCUGGCCUCACAGUUGUCUGAUGUGGACAAGGAUGCAGAUGAACUGGCCAGAGAUGUGAUAUCUCGGACCAGGGCUGCAGCCAGACAACUGAGCUGGGUCCACAUGCUGGGGUAUGCCAGCCUGCUGCAGAGUCUGGCAACAACUGCUAACACAGGUGCAGCCACUGCUGAUGGGGAGACACAAGAAGACAAGUCUGACCAGCUGUCAGAGCUGAGUGGCAUGGACCUGGAGAGUACCUAUGGCAGUGUCAGUAGCACUCGUGACCUGGCCAGAUCACCCCUGUUUAGCAGUGGUUUGGUCCUGCGCCUGACCCAGAUGCACAAGUAUCUGAUGGCCUACCUGCCCAUGUAUGCUUCGCACUGUGUGGCCCUCAACACACCCAAGGACCUGGCCCUCCCCCUGUUAGAACCAACCCCAGAUGUGAGCCUGAUCUCUGUCAGCUAUGCUGGCAAUCUACUGACAGGUCCUGAGACCAAGACAUCAGGGGAUCCACCACCGUCAGUGAGCAGAGAGGCAUCACAGACAAGGGUAGUUGAGAAGGAGGACCUGUCCUUGCUGGCCCCUGGUAAGGAGGAGCUGAGUCUACAGUGGUACCAGCCGGGGUUGGAUGUACAUGGUCCAGAGGACAGACAGAAGGUCUUACUGCUGUAUGCUGCCAACACACAGCCCAUCAAGGCAACACCUUUCUCCAACACUGUUGAAGGUAAAGAGGAUGAUAUCAUUACAAAAGGUCUCCUGACAGGGCAGAUCAGGGUGCCCCUGGGACAGCUGUUGGACCUCCACCGUAACCUGGCCAGUCAGAGUCAGCUAGCAGACAUGUCUCUAGGGGAAACCCCCACCCCCAGGCCUGAAGGGGGGUCCCGCAACACCACCCCUGUGCCUGACAAGGCCAAAGGUGGCAAGAAGGCUAGAAUCAAGCCACUGUCUGCCAAGGUUGCCAAUAGGAGGGAUGAGCAGCUGGAGGUCCUGUUGAAACAGAGUGUGACUGAUGCCCAGAGCCUGAUCUCCCUUCAGACUGACCAGGAACCAGUCACUGAGGCUCCAUUCUCUGUCACUUUGGAGAACAUUAACCACCUGGAGAAGCUGUUCAACCCUGGGUUUGGCUGUACUGUGAAGAACCCUGAGCUGUCAGGAUGGCUACUGAGCAAAGUGCCAUGAUGCUCAGCAGUGUGAAGCAGAAUUUAAUAGCUUUCUACACAUUACAUUAUCUCUUAAUUCUAGUGAAACCAAAUUUAAUGGUUGUUACACCAAGUGCUUCACCUAUGUAAGAGGUUGUAUUUGAAAUUAUAUACAAAGAAAACCUGUGUUUGAUUUCCCAUUGAUUUCAAGUUAGAUUUAAAUGUUGGUUUGAUGUCUACAGGCAUACCCAGUCUGUACAUAUUGUAUUGUCAUGUCUGAAGAUGUAUUGGUUAGUUUGAUUUGUCAUCUUGGUGAUGAAACAGGUGGUAAUUUCCAUCACAUUGUAUGGUAGGAUUGUGAUGCUUUCCUAGAGGAAAUUUGUAUUUGUCUUUCUGGUCAAAACAAUGAAUGCAUUGGGAUUAAUUAGUAACCAUUGUAACAGUUGGUCAUUUAUGAAGAGCAUGAUAUUGAUAUCAAUCAGUUUUGCUUUCUCCCUUUGUUUGUUUUUUUGAAAAUGUUCAUGAAAUUAAAGCACAUCAGUGGAUACGACA